CGCCGCGCGCCUACGUCACGGUGUCGUCCAGGCGGAGUUGCCAUGGCGGCGCUGAGCGGCCUUGCGUCGGCGCUGGAGUCUUACCGGGGCCGCGACCGCCUGAUGCGAACGCUGGGGUACAGCUGCCAACUGGUUGGUGGGGUCCUGGUGGAACAGGGUCCCGCCAGGUCAGGAGUGGGGACGCGCCUGCUGACACUGUCCUCCCAACUCAGCCACUGUAGGACCGUCCUACGACUCUUUGAUGAUGUGGCCAUGUUUGUCUACACGAAGCAGUAUGGCCUGGGGGCAGAGGAGGAGGACAUCUUUGUCCGCUGUGUGUCUGUCCUGGGCAACCUGGCCGACCAGCUCUACUACCCGUGUGAGCACAUUGCCUGGGCUGCCGAUGCCAAGAUCCUCCGCGUGGACUCCGCCCGGUGGUGGACCCUGAGCACGGCCUUCUGGGGCCUCUCCCUGCUCCUGGGCAUCGCCAGGUCCUUGUGGAUGGUCCUGAAACUGAGGCAGAGGCUGAGGAGCCCCACAGUGGCCUUCACCAGCCGGCUGCCCCGGAGCAAGAGGAGGGCCCUGGAGGCCCAGGUCCAGUCGGAGGUGCUGACUCUCCUGAGCAACCUGGCCGACCUGGCCAACGCCGUGCACUGGUUGCCUCCGGGCGUCCUGUGGGCUGGCCGCCUCCCCCCGUGGCUGGUGGGCCUUUUGGGCACCGUCUCCUCCCUUCUCAGCAUAUACCAGGCUGUCCAGGCCGAGGCCACUGCCCCCUGAUGUGGCCCGGGAGGUGUGGAUGCAGCUGCAACCCCACUGGGGGCCCCUUCCCACAAGGCAGGAAUCACUAGGGCGGGGGCCCGGUCUUUAAUUGAACAAAAUCAAUGCCAGGUGUAGGGAGGCUGGACCCCGAGAAUGCUGGGAGCAGCCCUGGGGACAAGGCCAGGGUGGGGCAGGAUGUAGGCAGGGGUGAGGCCCCCGUGUGCUGGGGGCCAGGGCCUUCCCAGCGCUGUGGGGGAGGCUUCUCUUAGGUCCAGAGCAGGGUCUCCAGGCCUGACGUGCAGAGGAAGCUCAGCAGACCCUCCAUCGGCCGGUGCGCUGCGCUCAGUGGCGAGCAGAGCUCCUGGACGGCGGGUGCCAGGCGGGCUUCGGGUCAAUUAAAAGCCGUGCUGGUUCGAGGCCCACGCGUGAGCACGUGUUCCUGACCUGCUGGCUCCGGCCCCUCCCGCCCGAAGGCCCUGGGCCUCCUGCUCCGAGGCGUGUCCGGGCCGCGUGGACGUGCCAGGGCGCCUGGAAACCGGCCCUCCCCAGCCUGCCUUCCGGAACAUGCUUGGCUCCGCGGGUCCUCUCCGACUCCACAUGCACAGCCCGCUGGCCUGGCGCAGCCGUCGGCCGAGGUGGGCAGCUCUCCCACCCGCCUCGGGCACAGGAGCCACACGGACACCACCUCCCACCAGGCCAUGCCUGGGUCUUGCCCUCCUGGGCAUCUCUGGGGUGCUCGCGGAGGCUGAAGCAGUUCACGCUCUGACAGCCCGGACCCGGGCCAGUCUGAGUGUUUUGUGGGUGCCGGGCUGGGGCUGGGCCACACAGGCUCCGGUCUCCCACCGCACGGGCAUCAGGCAGGACAGGAUGCGUUUGCUUUCAGGCUGUUUGAGGGCCACCCCACCACCCCCCCUUGCAGCCUCAGGCAGACACCCGCAGAUGGUGGCCAGCCCACGCCCGUCCCUGUGACACGUCCACGGGCUCCCCACCUGAGUCCUCGGGAGGCAGAGGGGAUCAUGCUGUCCCUCACAUCCCACAAGCGCUGGAAAGAUGCAACCAAGUGGCAGCGUUUGCAGCCCCUGGGGCUUCAUGUGACAGCCACCGCGUUGUUUCCCAAGGAAGCAAUGUGGCCGGAAGGGCUGGGGCGGAGAGCCACUCAGGGUGAGCACGGGGUGCAGAUGAGACCUGGCCUGUCCAGUCCGUCCUUGGGGUUGACAGGUGGGGGGGUGGGCCCAGCUCUUGGCCCUUAGCAGGGGCCCCAGGGAGGUUAGGGUGGGGGUCCCAGCAGCACCUGCUCACCUGCCUGGAGACUCACUACUUGUAAGGCAUUCAGUGUCUGUGGGCAAAUCGCAUGGGCACCCGGUGCCCCAGGACACGCUGCUGGGGGGUCCAGGAGCCCCGCCUCCAGUGUGGCCACACCCCCUGCUCAGCCUUCAGGUCGGGGCACAGCAAGCCGAUCCCUGGGAGCUGGGCCUAAACGGGCUCUCCCAGGACUCGGGGAGCAGGGAGGCUGGUGGGCCUGGGGGACGGCCCAGAGGUCAGCAGGCCCCAGUCUGGGCAAUGGCUCCUUGUCAAGAAUGCUGACAUCCCAAGACCACGGGGACAGGCCUAAAUGGAAGGGGACCGCGCCGGAGCGCUCAUCUGCAGGGCUGCCUCUCCCGGGGCCACUGCCUUGGGGGUGGCCACCGCCUGGAGCAUCCUCUGAGGGGACCCGGGUGGGCUGACAGGCUGGGCUCCUCUGUGGGGGCCCUGCUUGCCCAGGAGGAGGCCCCGAGGCCCCGCCCGAGCUGGGAGGCAAGGCAGCAUAAGCUCUCGGGGCUCCUUCAGCGUCCUGGGCCAGGCAGGCCCUGUUGAGGGGAAUCUGCGGGGCCCCGGGCAUGGUGUCAGGCCUCCCCAGGGUCCCACUGCAGCAGAGGGUGGGAGGGGGCCCCCGCCGGGGAUGGCAGCCACGGCAAUCUCCCUGGUAGUUCCCCCAGGACGGCCCCGACGUUCGGGCGGAUGAUCCUAAAGCAAAACCUGCUCAGCCCUCAAAGCGAACACUCCCACCUGCUCUUCUUCGACGCGUUUAUUGCUGGAAUUGGGUCUUAAGUUCUAAGACGGUUCUGAAAGA